UAUUAUAUAUAUAUAUGGCUUCUUCUUCUUCUUCUUCUUCGUCAAGUAGCUACUCAAACCCUCCGUGCGCAGCGUGUAAAUUCCUGAGGAGAAAAUGCCAGCCGACACUGUGCAUCUUCGCCCCGUAUUUUCCGCCAGAGGACCCCACCAAAUUCUCCAACGUUCACAGAAUAUUCGGUGCCAGUAACGUCAGCAAACUGCUGAAUGACAUCAUGCCUCAUCAGAGAGAGGACGCCGUUAACUCCCUGGCUUACGAAGCCGAGGCUCGGCUCAAGGACCCUGUCUACGGCUGCGUUGGAGCCAUUUCCCUUCUCCAGAGCCAAGUCGCUCAGCUCCAGAAGGAAUUAGACGCCACUAAUGCUGAUUUAAUGCGUUUUACCACAAUUAAUAAUAAUAAUAAUCAUGGGCGGGUGGCGGGUUAUGGGGGUGGAUCCGACCCGAAUUAUUCCGGGUUCUCUUUGCCGUAUUCUAAUCCGGGUGGAGAAGAUGCCAAUUACAGCUAAUUAAUAUCUGAUAUAUUGUGUGUGCUGUUGUAUCUAUUCUUUUGUCACGUGUACAUGAAUGUUGUUUUUUUUCCGUGCACGUGCGAUUGAUAAUUAAGGAUGAUGGAAUAAGAUUUGAAAUGUAAAAUGUGGGGGAAUAUUCAUUAAUUGUUAAAAAAUCCUCUUUUAUUUAGUAUUAGCAAAACCUUCCAAUGUAAUACAAUUGUUUUAGAAAUGUAUCCCCAAAACCUCU